AUGGGCAAAAAAAGAAAGAGACCCAUCAAGGAUCGGGGUCCGCCUUCGUCUCACCCGAGUAUCACCUCUCCGCGCCGUUUCAGAAACCCGGCUUCAUCCACUGGGAAAACAAGCCAUCCCGUUAUCUCCCUGUACUACCGACAGGUAGUGACCCUGCGAGAGUACCUCCUGCAGCAACUCCCCGUGACAUCCAAGUCGCGUCGGCGCCGCAUCCUGACAGGUUUGCGAGCCGACGACUCAGCAUCGGAAACAUCCCAAACACUGGCGCAUCUGCUGGACUCCACUCUGGUGGGUGUGCUGAAAGAGUCUUCACCGACCCUCAACUCCGAACGCCAAAAGGAAUAUCUGUCUUUUACCCAGACUCAGUCGCGCUCUAUUCUUGUCAGCACAGAUACGGGUCCGACCUGCCCGCAGUCCGAGGUGGUUGAUUUUGUUAUUUGGAAACUUUUCAAUCAUGGUUCUUAUUCAAAGCCCCAGCAUUUGCUGGCUCAUGGGUUCCAACGCCCGGCUAUGGGGUUGAAUGCCCUUGAAACCAAUAUUCCCGGCGUUGUGUCUCAAUUUCCCAAUCAGAAUGUCCGUACUCUCAAGGAGGGUGCAUGGGCAGAAGUCUUGGACCUGCUUGGCAGUAAUGGAGACGAGAUUAUGAUGCAAUUGCUAUUCGAUUGCGGAGUUUUUGCGCCUAUCAAUGCUCGAAAGGGUAUUUACUCCCAACUAAGUGGGUCACCGCUGUCAAUACUUGAGCCGCUGAAUGAUGGUACAAACCUCAAGGAGCUCGCCAAGACAAAGACAAAUCCAAAAACACCAGCUGUCGGUGCCCGAGAUCUCCCCAAGGAGAAUGGCGACCACAAACGGGUCUCUAAUAAAUCUGUUCGUAGUCCAAACAGCAUCAUCUUUCUACGCAGGCGCAUACUCUACGGACGAGCCGAGUCCAACGCGAGAACGGUAUCUGGUUUGGGAAAGACCCAUGUGCUCAAUCGCUUCUCGACACUUGGUUCAGCAGCGCAGACUGUGCAUGUGCUGAAGUAUGUCUUUCCUCGGCAAUUCGGCCUGCUGAAUGCGUUUACGGUGGACCCGAAUGGUCCGAAUAGCACCGAUGACCUUAAGAGCUUCAUGUUCCGAGAGAAUGAAAUAUCUUCUUCGGAAGACCAAAAACCGCGGCGGGCCCACAAUGAGUGCGACGCGUCAGACGGAGGCGUUGGAAACACGAAAGUCCCCAAAAGGCUUCGUGGAAGUGCCAUUGAACUUGUCCGGAAAUUGCGGACUCGCAAUUCACGGUGUUCUUACUUGGAGCUGCUGCGAUACUAUUGUCCGACUGAUCGAAGCGGUCCGCAAUGGCUGGGCGCCUUUGCUUCGAAUAUCGAGUCGGACACCAAUAAAAGCGAGCCUGAUUCCUCUCUCCAGUCAAAUCUAGUAACGCAGUUACCACUCGGCCAGCUAUCGUCAAGUACAAGUUCGGCGCCGACCUUGUCCGAUGCCACGUCAACGAACCACACAGCAGGCGAAUGCAGUGGAUUUGAAACCGAACAACAACCUGCGAUUAAAAAACCACGAAGCAGUUUAACUGAUUAUGCUACCCCGACAUCUUCGGUUUCCGCAUUCUGUCGGUCGGUACUCCAGAAAUUGAUACCCCGUCAAUUCUUCGGAGUGGGACCAGGCGGCAUUCAUAACUUGCGACUAAUUCUCCGGAAUGUCGACCGUUUCAUAAAAUUGCGCCGGUUCGAGAGCCUCACUCUGCAUGAAGUCUGCAAAGGCAUCAAGAUCUCAAGCAUUGCUUGGCUGGAGCCACCCCAGGUCCAGACUCCGGCAUCUGAGACAAAAUCGAAGAUCUCUUUAUCCGAUUUUAACAAACGCAUGGAGUUACUUCAUGAACUUACUUUCUGGAUCUUCGACUCAAUUCUAAUCCCCCUGAUUCGCUCUCACUUCUACGUCACCGAGUCUCAAACACACCGAAACCGCCUCUUCUAUUUCCGCCAUGAUGUUUGGCAGAAAUUGAUCGAGAAGCCGUUCGGAGAUCUAAAAACUGCUAUGUUUGAAGAGCUUGAGCCAGAUAGGGCCCAACGUGUGCUGGCACGUCGCCCUCUUGGCUUUGGUGCUCUCCGUUUGCUCCCCAAAUCCACUGGUCUCAGGCCUAUCUUGAAUCUUCGCAAACGAGUCAUAAAAGAGUCGUUUUGGGGCGGGAAGCGGCGCACUUUCCUUGCUCCCAGUAUCAAUUCAAGUAUCACACCGAUUUACAACAUGUUGACUUAUGAACGACAGCAAGCGCCCGCCAAACUGGGCUCAUCAAUGGGGUCGGUGGCAGAGAUGCACCAUCGCUUGAAAACAUUCAAAGAGAAAUUGACCAAUCAAUUGCCUUUAGAUCUCAAGUGUCGAAAGCCUAAUCUUCCCCCCUCUUGCUUUGAUACUAUCCCGCAAAAGAAGUUGCUCAGUCUGAUAGCAGAGCUGGUCUCUGAAGAGGGCUAUCAUAUUUCUAAACAUGUGGAAUUUCAAGUGUCUGCUCAGCAAGGGAAGCCGGCACGAAAAUACAUUGGUCGUGCUGCCCCGACAAUGAAACCGCAACUCUUACCGGACUAUUACAACAAUGAACCCGCAGGCCGAAAGGCCAACACAGUAUUUGUUGACACAAUUGCUCAGAAAGACUACAAUGCCGAAGAUCUCCUGGCUCUACUUGAUGAGCACGUGCGUUACAAUCUUGUCAAGAUAGGCAAGAAGUACUUCCGCCAGCGCAAUGGUAUUCCCCAAGGCUCCGUCCUUUCCAGCAUCCUAUGCAAUUUCUUCUACGCCGAGCUCGAGCGGGAGGUGCUGAAUUUUAUCACACCAGAGAACGCCCUCCUCAUGCGACUGGUGGACGACUUCCUCCUCAUCACCACCUAUUCAAAUCUAGCAACACAGUUCCUGGAAGUAAUGAUCCGCGGCCAACCCACCUACGGCGUCCAAGUCAAUCCAGCCAAGAGCAUGGCAAACUACAGCGCAGCAGUCGACGGCAUCCUACUUCCCCGACUAGAAGGAACACCUCUAUUCCCAUACCUGGGUAAGCUCAUCGAUACGCACACACUUGAAAUCCACCGCGAUCAAGACCGCCUCCUCGAAGGCGGCGAAUCAGCAGCCGCAACUCUCUCCAACGCCCUGACAGUCGAAUCCACCCGUCUCCCAGGUCACACCUUCCAGCGCAGAAUGCUCUCCUCCUUCCGCCUGCAGUUGCACCCUAUGUACAUCGACGACGGACACAACUCGCGCGCAGUCGUACUGGCAAAUCUGUACUCGGGCUUCGUAACAUGCGCCAUGAAAAUGUACCGCUACAUGAAAUCUCUGCGUGGCCGUGCACAGCCAGGACUCCUCACUGUCAGUCAAACCAUCCAUGCCCUCAUAAUGCAGACACAGGGAUUGAUUCAGGCCCGUCGUGCUUGUCACUCCGGGUCUUCAUUUUCGUGUUUCGUACAACAAUCGCAUAUUAUUUACCUGGCUGCUUUGGCUUUUCGGUUUGUUUUGAAGCGGAAACAAACGCGCUAUCGGGAUUUGUUGGGCUGGUUGGAUGAUAAGAUCAAGCAGGCUCGACCUAAAUCUGACUCUGAGGCAUUUAGGAUGACGCAGGUUGUUAAGAAGAGUAAUGAGAAGUUUGAAGAAUGGCGGUUUUAG